CCGGCAAUUCGGCCAGCGCACCACCCCUUCGACGAUGUCAACGCAGAUGUCAUCCUGCGGUCCUCGGAUAACGUCGAUUUCCGCGUCCAUAAGUUGAUUCUGUCGCUCAGUUCUCCGUUCUUCCGUGAUAUGUUCACUCUACCGCAAGCACCACUGGCGGAUGCGAAGGAUGAUCCAACGGAUCGGCCGGUGGUGCAUAUGAUGGAAGAUCAUGUCACGUUGGACGACAUUCUUCGGCUCUGCUAUCCCCUUACCUCUCUGACCUCUAUUAAGAAUUUUGAUCGGGUGUAUAGCGCCUUGAGUGCGGGGAUGAAGUAUGACAUG